UUUUCUGCUUCGGAAAAGGCGGGCAUUUCUGGUUUCCGCAAUAAAUGAUUUCACCUACUGUAUUUUCAUCUAAACAAGCAAAUUAAAAGACAAUGAAUGAUCCCAAUAAGAAAAUAGAUAUAGACAAGUCAUCGCUUCUUAGCCUGAAAGCGGAAUUGCUUCGCAAGCAGGAGGAAGUUAGUCGUGCCAAAGCGUUCAAUUCGAUCGAUGAUUUCGUGCCAAAAAGAGUACCAAAACUAGAAACAGCUGAUAAUGGAUCUGAGAAAAAACGAGCUGUCCAAUCGGCCCCAGUACCGCUGGAGUUAGAAGAUUCAGCUGCUCUAGAGCGCUCUAAGAAGGUUCUAACUGCUAAGGCUCGGUACUAUGACAAGAUGGUAGCAUCUGGUGGUUCAUUAAACAGUGACGAAAAUUGUCUGGUCAUGUUUAACCGAAAGAAGCAAACCGGGCUGUCAUCUUCUGAGCAACAAUAUCGAAGUAGUAGCUCCGAUGAAGAUUCGGAAAAUGAUCUGCUUGAAAAGCUAGGCAGACGACCCAAGGAAUCGGAAGACGAUUGGGUGGAAUUCACAGAUUUUUUGGGAAGAAGCCGACGUUGUCGGAAAGAAGAGUUAGAAGAUUGUUUGCUGAAAGAUAGAGAACUGGCUCGAGCGACGAGCCCACGAGAGGGGCAACGAGCGCGAACCGAGGAGGCGAACUACAGCGAUGAUAAUAAUGAAACCAUUGGGCCUGUUCCGUCAAUGGCAAUCACGGAAGAUACCAUUGGAGAGAGGUUCCGCGCAGUGCGGGAACAAUGGGCCAAACAAGACAAAGAAAAUCUUGAAAAGGAAGCAGUGACCUACCAAGAUGUGCUUUACGAUGAGGCCCGUCAGCAUGGCGUUGGCUACUACGGGUUUUCGACCGAUCGCGAGGAACGUAUCCGCCAGCAGCAUGAGCUGGACUCCAUACGGGAAGCCACGAUGGAAGCGCAGAAAGAAAAGGAAGAUUUGCGCAAAGCCCGCGAUAAAAUAAUCGCGGAGAGAGUCAAAGCGGCCAAGGCAAGGCAGCGAGCUCGGCUCGGGUUGCCGCCGGAGGACGAAGAAGAGUCAGCAAAAAAUGAUGCUAAAGACGAAGAACUGUACGAUACAGCGGCUGAGAAAAAGAGAUUGAAAGCAGAAGCCAAGGCGCUAAAGAAAAAAGCGAAGGAAGAAAAGAAACGGGAACGAGAACGACAGAAACACGUGCGACCUUGGGAUCAAGGCAAAGAAAGAGACGAUGAGUUGGAUUGGAAACCGGCUCGCGAAUGGCAUGUUAUGUCUCAGGAGGAAUGGAACGAAAUGAAGCGAAAGGAAAGAAUUGAAGAAUUUGCUCCACCUGUAGAAAAGCCUUCAGCAGGUGUGGAAAACUUUAAAAAUAACCCUUUGUUCAAAUCUUAUUGCGAUGAUGACAAAAUACAAAAUGACGACAGGAAUCCAAAAACAUUAUUGUCUAACAAUCCACUAUUCCAAUCGUAUAGUAAUUCAGAGCUAUACGAGAAUGAAGAUGAAGACGAGGAUGAACUGAUUGGUCCUUGUCCUACUGGAUGGACCAAUAGUACCUCCGCUACUGACAAGCUUCUAGAUGGCAAUCAACAAUCGACAUCUAGUUGCAGUAAAGAAGAGGUCUGUUUACCAACAAUUCCAGGUAUGGAAACCGAUAUUUUCCAUGAGGAAACGAAUCGAACAUUAUUUUUCACUAGUAAGAAAAAAGGGUUUAAACGAAAAUUCGAUCAUGUCGACCAAACAAUUUCCAAUAAUCUACCUCCUUUCUCUAGUGAGAUCCCCUCGGAAGAACCACAUCAAAAGUUAUUGAUCACUGGCAAGAAAAUGGAGUUUAAGCGAAAGAAUUACGAUUCGGUUGUUAAGACAAACGAUGCUCCAAACAAAACUGUUGAACCGCCUCAUCAACAGUCUAUUCCUAUACGGAACGAAUUGAGUGACGACGAAUUUGAGCAGCAGAUCGAGCGUAGGCAAGUCGAUGCCGAGGGGGGUGUGCAAAUUGCGCCACCACCCACUUUUGAAUAUUACGGCCCAUCGUCCGGCAAACGAAAACCGGUACCUCGUCAACCGCCAGUCUCGAAAUCGGCCUUAGAAGCAUCCAUUGAAGCCGGUUUGAAGUUCCUGCGGAAUCAAUCCGAUAAAGCGGAUGGACCUAGUUUGUCGACGAAGAAUAAAUGGACCUCUAAUGCAGACUAUUGAACGGUGCGUUU